AUGGCUACGAAGCAGCCGCCAUCAGCUGGAGCACCUGCCGCUGCUGGGCCGAUUAAGCUGGAGAACACCGCGAAGCGUGACUCGCUGCGUGCUCUCGAGCAGCGGUACCAGGACGAGUGGGCCGCACAGCAUGUGUUCGACGUCGACGCUCCAGUGAAUGAGCCGGAGCUCCGUGAUAUGACGCCCCAGGAGGUCCGGGCCAAGUACCCCAAGUUCUUUGCGACGAUUCCGUACGCGUACAUGAAUGGCAGCCUGCACUUGGGCCAUGCGUUCACGCUGUCCAAGGUCGAGUUUGCGACGGGAUACGAGCGCAUGUGCGGCAAGCGUGCUCUCUUUCCAUGGGCAUUCCACUGCACGGGUAUGCCGAUCCGCGCUGCGGCAGACAAGCUGAUCCGCGAAAUCAACAUGUUCGGCGAAGACUUUAGCGGGUUCGAGGAGCAUGAGCGCCAAGAGGCCGAAAAGGCCGUCGAGCCUGAGCAGACUGGCUCGCAGCGUGUCGACAAGGCGACGAAGGGCAAGCUCGCUGGCAAGAGCACAGGCCUCAAGUACCAGUUCCAGAUCAUGGAGAACAGCGGUGUGCCACGCGACGAGAUCAAAAAGUUUGCGGAUCCGACGUACUGGCUCAAGUACUUCCCACCGAUCGCCAAGCGUGACUGCCAUGCCUUCGGUAUGCGCAUCGACUGGCGCCGCGCGUUCCUCACGACAGACGUGAAUCCAUACUACGACUCGUUCGUCCGUUGGCAAAUCAACAAGUUGCGCAAGAUGGACAAGAUCAAGUUCGGUGAGCGAUACACGAUCUACUCCAUCACGGAUGGCCAGCCGUGCAUGGACCACGACCGCUCGGACGGCGAAGGUCUCGGUCCGCAGGAGUACACGGGCAUCAAAAUGGAAGUAAAGCAGUGGUCUGCCGAGGCAGCACCGCUCCUCGAUGCCAAGCUACAGGGAAAGCGUGUGUUCUUCAUUGCUGCCACGCUGCGUCCCGAGACCAUGUACGGCCAGACCAACUGCUUUGUCGGUCCGAAGAUCGAGUACGGCGUGUACCGUGCCAACGACACUGACCUAUACGUCUGCACGGAGCGCGCUGCACGCAACUUUGCCUACCAGGGCAUCUUUGACGAGCGCGGUCGUGUGGAAUGCCUGGCAACCGUGCCUGGCGCAGCGCUGGUCGGUACCCAGGUCCAUGCACCGUUUAGUGCCCACGAGCAGGUAUACAUGGUGCCAAUGGACUCGGUGCUCUCGACGAAGGGCACAGGCGUCGUUACGUGUGUGCCAAGUGACUCUCCAGACGACUAUGCGAUGCUGAUGGAGCUUCGCAAGAAGGCCGAGUUUUACAAGAUCAACCCGCAAUGGGUGGCGCAGGACCCUGUGCCCGUCGUGCAGGCGCCAGGCUACAGUGACAUGAUUGCUGCUGACCUCGUCAAGCAGCUCAAGAUCCAGAGCCCGAAGGACAAAAACGCUCUGGCCGAAGCUAAGGACGUGGCAUACAAGCAGGGCUUCUACAACGGUCGCAUGCUGCAGGGCACAUUCAAGGGCGAGCCGGUGACGGAAGCCAAGGGCAAGGUGCAGAAGGAGAUGAUCGAUGCUGGCCUGGCCUUCAAGUACGCUGAGCCCGAGGGCAAGAUCAUCAGUCGCAGUGGCGACGACUGCAUCGUGGCGCUUUGCGACCAGUGGUAUCUUGACUACGGCGAGGCGUCGUGGAAGGUGCAGGCAGAAAAGCUUCUUGCGCAGCUCAACACCUUCCAGGUCGAGACGCGCAACUCGUUUGAAGGCGUGCUGAGCUGGCUGCACCAAUGGGCAUGUGCUCGCUCCUACGGUCUCGGCUCUAAGCUGCCGUGGGAUCCGCAGUUCCUCGUCGAGAGUCUCAGUGACUCGACGAUCUACAUGGCGUACUACACGGUCGCGUACAUGCUGCAGGGCGGUGUGGAAGACGGCAGCGUGCCUGGCCCUCUGGGCAUCAAGGCCGAGGACAUGACCGACGAGGUGUGGGACUACGUACUCGGCGGUGGUCCCUUCCCCGCCGACUCAUCUGUCCCUCGCGACAAGGCCGACAUGAUGCGUCGCGAAUUCCUCUACUUCUACCCUAUGGACUUGCGCUCGUCGGGCAAGGAUCUCAUCAACAAUCACCUGACGUUCUGCAUUUACAACCACGCGGCACUAUUCCCCGAGGAGCUCUGGCCGCGUGCCAUCCGAGCGAACGGCCACUUGAUGCUCAACGGCGCCAAGAUGUCCAAGAGCACGGGCAACUCGCUCUCCCUGCGCCAGGCCGUCGAGAAGUUCGGUGCGGAUGCCACGCGUGUGAGCCUUGCCGACGCUGGCGAUAGCAUUGAAGACGCCAACUUUGAGGAAAAGACCGCGAACGCCAACAUUCUUCGUCUGCACACUCUCAUCGACUGGUGCACAGAGAUUAUGCAGCAGGUGCGUGACAACAAGCUGCGUACCGGCGCAUGCGACUCGUUCUGGGACAAGACAUUCGACAAUGACAUGAACGUAGCCAUCGCUGCGGCUCGUGAUGCUUAUGAACGCGCAGCGUACAAGGAAGCCUCCAAGAUUGGCUUCUACGAGUUCCAGUCGGCUCGCGACCUGUACCGUGAAGCGACGGCCGAUGUCGGCAUGCAUGCCGAUCUGGUGCGCCGCUGGAUCGAGACGCAGGCACUCCUUAUUGCCCCGAUCGCACCCCACUUUGCUGAGCACGUAUGGAAGUCUAUCCUGGGUCACGAUAGCUCAGUCCACUAUGCCUUGUUCCCCGAGCCAACGAGGCCAGAGGACGCUGCCAUGACGGCAGCGGCCCUGUAUGUCCGUGGCACCAUCAAGACCAUCCGUGACGCCGAGAUCGCCGUCACACGCCGCAAAGCCAAAGGUCCAAAUGCUCCCGCCAAGUACGAAGAGCGCAAGCCGAAGGAAGUGUCGAUCUUUGUGGCGGAUGCUUUCCCUGCUUGGCAAGACAUUUGUGUCAAUGCCGUGCAGAAGCACUACGAUGCCUCCACCGGCAGCAUUGAUGAUGUCAAGGUGCGUGAGGAAGUCGCAGCAGCUGGCCUGUUGAAGGACAAGAAGGCCAUGCCGUUCGUUAUGAUGUUCAAGAAGCGCAUCGCCGAGUUUGGCCCAGACAUGGCUUUCAACCGUCAGCUGCCAUUUAACGAGGCAGAAACGCUCAAGGCCGCCAGCGGCUACUUGAAGCGUACGCUCAACUUCCGCGACGUGCAUAUCGAAAGUGCCAAGGAUGCCUUGGCGCGGGCGGAUGAGCUCCAAGGCAAGCAGGGCUUUGACAAGCAGCUGGUCGAGGGCGCUGAGCCUGGCUCGCCGUCGUUUGCCUUCUACAAUGUGGAGGCGUAG